AUGGCCAGGGAAGAGAGGAGAAGGAUAGAGAGAGGAGGAGAGGACUCCGAGGAAGAAGGAGGAGAGGAGGAAGAAGAAGAUGCAGCAGCAGCAGCAGCAGCAGAUGAUGAUGAUGCAGCAGCAGGAGGAUUAGAUCGUGCUGCUCUUCGUGCUGCAGCAUUAGAGAGAAGAAGAAAAGAAGAGAGGCUACUGCAGCAGCAGCAGCAGCAGCAGCAGCAAGAGGAAGAAGAAGAGACAGAAGAAUCUGAAUACUCAGAUCUAUCCGAGGAAGAACAAGCAGAGACUAAUGUUGUACUACAUAAACCUACAUUUGUACCAAAAGCAAAUCGUGUAACAGUGUUUGAGAGAGAAGAGCAGCAAAGAAGAGAGGAGCAGCAGCAGCAGCAGCAGCAGCAGCAGCAGCAGAAUCGUAAAUUAGAGACAAAACAGAUGGUGUAUGCUGUACUAGCAAGAGAGGACGAAGCAGCAGCAGAUGCACCUGUAUUAUCUAUUGAGGCACAGCAGCAGCAGCAGCAGCAGCAGCAGCAACAGCAGCAACAAAAUAUGUUAGAAGGAGAAGAAGAAAUGCCUGAUGAUACUGAUGGUCUUGAUCCUGCACAAGAG